AACUUUUAAUUAUACAUAUUAAAAAGACACAAUAAAAUUGUAAUUGACAUCCUCUCAACUUUUUUCAAUUUUUCACGGCUUUAAUUGCAUUUCAGACGCUGAUGUAGGGGAAAGGGAACCACGGUCUCCCCACUUACAGAGCAACUCUUUUCUCUUUCUUUCGUCGCUUAUUUUCAGUACUUUUCGUGCCGUUGAGACAUUCACAUCCGCUCCUUGAAUGAAUAUCGCGAAAACAGUGACAAAAAUUGUGAAAAUGGCCAAUAUUCCUAAAAUCGCCUUCAGCAAUGGCCUGGAGAUUCCCGCUGUUGGUUUGGGAACGUGGAGAGCUCCAGAUAAUGAAGUGGAGACCGCUCUAGAAACGGCUCUCAAGUGCGGAUAUCGCCAUAUCGAUGCAGCUCCGGUUUAUCUCAAUGAACCCGUCAUCGGGCGAACCUUGAAGCGCUUCAUGGAUUCUGGAGAAAUUAAGCGCGAUGAAUUGUUUAUCUGCACAAAAUUGCCGCCUCAUGCCAAUCGUCCGGGAUGCGUGGAGAAGUACCUCAAGAAAUCUCUGGAGAGUCUCCAGCUGGAUUAUGUGGAUUUGUAUCUCAUCCACACGCCUUUCACUGUCCCCGAAGUCGAUGGGGAGUUCCUGAGGGAUGACAAUGGGUACGUCAUCCUCGACAGGGAGACCGACCAUGUGGCCACAUGGAAGAGAAUGGAGGACAUGGUGUCCCAAGGAUUGGCCAGGAACAUUGGACUCUCAAAUUUCAAUGAGCGCCAGAUUCAGCGCAUUCUCGAUAAUUCAACCAUAAAGCCAGUGAAUCUACAGAUCGAAGUGCAUGUGUAUCUUCAGCAGAAGAGUCUCGUGGAUUUCUGUCGCAAGAAUGACAUUGUGGUUACGGCGUAUUCUCCUCUGGGCUCCAGAGGCAUUGCAGACAUGCUCAAAUCUGCCGGAAUCAUACGCAACAUACCGGAUCUGGUUGAGAAUCCCGUAGUGAUGAAGAUGGCGAGUAAGUACGAGAAAACGCCCGGUCAGAUUCUGCUCAAGUACAACGUCCAGCGUGGUCUGGUGGUCAUCCCGAAGAGCACUAACGAGUCGCGAUUGAGACAGAACAUUGACCUGUUUGAUUUCACACUCUCGGAAGACGACAUGGAAGUGCUGGCGGACAUCAAUGAGAACGUGAGAGUGUGCGAUUUCGCCUUCUUCAAAGGGAUGGACAAGCAUCCCGAAUUCCCGUUCUGAUUUUGAUGCAUUGGUCAUGUUCUUGUUCUCUCCCUAUUUAUCCCUGGGUAUCACUUUUAAAAUGAGGUUCUCGAGUUAGUGGCGU